AUGAUUUAAAUCAAUACUUUAGAGAUUUAACGCCACGAUUUGAAAAUAAUAUCAGGCAACUAUUAUUCUACUACUACCUACGCGGUAAAUCUCUGUGGGUAUUUGAGUGAAACUAACAAUGCUGGUUUAAAUUAUACUAUGGCACUGAGAAAUACUAUAGGUUAAGAGCAUGAUUAUCCUUAUUAUACGUAUAACAUCUUAGAGGAUAUUGGUAAUCGAGUAGAUAAGCUUGAAAUCAGUCCUUAAGGCACUAAUAAAGAUUUGUUUGUAUAUUUUUACAGCUAGUAAGAUUAUUAUCAUUUCAUAAAGAAUUUUGCUAGUAACGAGAGCAUAAUAGAAUGCGUGAAUGAACCUAUUUUUAUUUUAUAAAUUCACUGCGAAGCAAUAAUAACAGACCCUUAUGUUUAAUAAGAAACUGUAAUUAAUCACUGCACAAGGUAGAUGAUUAUUUCUCUAGGAUUGGGUUGUGCUACAGACAGAUUUGGAGAAUUCUGGUGGUGGUUCGAUAAUAAUGCAGUAGCUUUGAUGCUGCUAAUAGGUAUGAUUGGAAUUUUCUUUUGCUUUUUUGGCUACAAAUACAUAAAUAUCUCUCUGUUUAUCGGUGGGCUUUUCAUACCUGUUUGGAUAAUCUGGAUAUUUUUAUAUUCCGUGCUGAUUAAUGAUAAUUCAAAGACUUGGGUUGGCUGGGUCAUCCUCUUUACAUCUCUUUUAUUCGGAAUGAUAAUUGGAUUUGUUGUCGUGAGACUUAAAAAAUUGGGAUCAUUUAUUAUUGUUUUUUACAGUGGCUUUAUGAUGGGAGUUUUAUUUUAUCUAUGUGGAAUUUACUUAGUAGGUUCAAAUUUAGCAUUUUGGAUCAUAUGUGGUGGCCUUGGUUUAUUGAAGUCAGUAAUUAGCAUACCUCAAAGAUAAAGAUUACUGAUACAUUCCGUUUGUAUGAUUGGAUCGUUCUUGAUACCAGUUGGUAUUGGAUAAGUGAUUCCUGGAUAUCCUAAUCCUUUUAAUCUUGACAUUUAAAGAUAGUACGCUUAUAUUGAUAAGAUUGAUCCUGUAUUCUAUUUUUAUUUUGGAGCAACUAUUAUUCUAUACGCUUGUGGAAUGCUUGUUUAAUAUCCGAUUUAUGCUAUGAACAUGACUAAAAAGAAAAAUUGA